GACUUAACAUAAAAUUUUAUAAAGAAAGUAGUAGAUAAUUUUGAAAAUUGUAGGUGAAUCUUAGAAUAUUUAUGUGUGUGUACAAAACCUUGAUUAUAACAUCCUGCUUUAAGUCGCAAUAACACACUGUCUUGUUAUCGCCAUUAGAGUCCAACAAUUAGCGUAGCUUUUUUCAUGUGUGAACACUCAUUUACACUCUCAGUACUCUUUCUUCUCCUUAAACCCUGUUUCCGUUACACUUGUAAUCCAUGCAUAAAUUUUCCCAUCUCUUAAACUCUUAUCUCCUCACCAUCCAACCUCCAUUUUCAGAUUUUUGUGAUUUAUGAUUUAAUCAUCAAAACAAACUCUUGCCUUUUUUAAGGACUUAGUUUCACCCGUAAGGGAGAUUUCAUUGUAUUAUCAAUGGAACACACGAAACUCCAAUUUCUGCUACUCAUACAACUGUUUCUAUUCAUUAUUCCGGCUAGUUGCUUGAACCGCGAUAUCGCCAUUUUACUCCGGGUUAAGACAGGUCAGCUCGGUGACCCCAAUGGAUUGCUCUCUGAUUGGAACGCGUCUGCUCCAAAUGCGCCUUGUAACUGGACCGGCAUUACCUGUGAUCGUAAAACGCAUAAGGUUGUCUCCAUCGAGUUCACCAGUUUUGGAAUCUCAGGUCAUUUUCCGGCCGACUUCUGCCGGAUUUCGACUUUGCAGAAACUCAAUCUGGGCGAUAACAGUUUCGGUGACUCUAUUUCCUCUGACUCCUGGUCCCUAUGUUCGCAUCUGCACUUUUUGAAUCUUUCUUUAAAUUUCUUCGUUGGCAAGCUGCCGGAGUUUAUAGCCAAGUUUGAUAACUUGACCGUGCUUGAUGUUAAUUCAAACAAUUUCUCCGGUGAUAUUCCGGCGAGCUUAGGCCGGUUACCGAGAUUACAAGAGCUCGAUAUUGCCAACAAUCUCCUUAAUGGUUCAGUUCCUGAGUUCUUAUCCAAUCUCACCGAGUUGACUCGAUUGGUCAUUGCUCAAAAUCCAUUUAAGCCAAGUCCAUUGCCUUCCUCAAUUGGACGACUAGGUAAACUUCGAAUUCUAUAUGCUCGGUUUGCGAAUCUUAUUGGAAAUAUUCCAGAUUCCAUUAAAGACCUGAAAUCUAUUCAGAAUUUUGACGUGGCGAUUAACAAUCUAACUGGAAAAAUUCCAGAAAGCAUUGGAGAGCUGAAAACCGUAGAACAAAUAGAGCUCUUUCAGAAUAAAUUUUCAGGUGAACUGCCGAACACGUUUUCGGGACUUGUUUCUCUGUUCAGGUUUGACGCUUCUCAGAAUAAUCUCACCGGAAAAAUACCUGAUAGCCUUGCCCGUUUGCCGCUGGUAUCUUUGAAUCUCAAUGAUAACAAUUUAGAAGGCGAAAUUCCAGAAAGUUUAGCUCUUAACCCGAAUCUUACUCAGUUCAAGCUCUUUAACAACAAAUUUUCAGGUACUUUACCUCAAGAUUUUGGUAUGAGUUCAGAUUUGGAUGAGUUUGAUGUCUCUGGCAAUAAUCUCGAAGGUUCUUUGCCCCCCAAUUUAUGUUCCAGAAAGAAACUUAGGAUUUUGAACCUGUUCGAUAAUAGGUUCAGUGGUUCAGUCCCUGAAUCCUAUGGGGAGUGUAAUUCACUAACGUACGUGCGUAUCUAUAACAACCAAUUCUCUGGUGAAUUACCAACUGGUUUCUGGAGUUUUGCUGGAUACACAUUUCUUGAACUGAGAAACAACAACUUUCAAGGUUCAAUUCCAGCUUCAAUCUCCAAUGCUCGUGGCCUAACAGAAAUUCUCAUCUCCGGUAACAAAUUCUCCGAGGAAUUGCCGGCGGGAUUAUGCAAUUUGGAAGAGAUUGUGAUUAUGGACAUAAGCAAGAAUCAAUUAUCAGGAGAUUUGCCUUCAUGUAUCACAAAGAUGAAAACGUUACAAAAGCUUGAUCUUUCAGAAAAUAGGAUCACGGGUCAAAUUCCCAAAUUAGUUAGUUCUUGGACCGACUUGACUGAACUGAAUUUAGCUAACAAUCAAUUGACAGGUGAAAUUCCAGGUGAGCUUGGGACUUUGCCGGUUUUGACGUACUUAGACCUCGCUGGAAACUCGCUUUCCGGCGAAAUUCCGUCGGAGCUGAGCAACCUCAAGCUUAACAAGUUCAACGUAUCAAAUAACAGGCUUGAAGGAAAAGUGCCACUUGUGUUUGAUAAUGAUUUUUUCAUCUCGGGUUUGCAGGGCAAUCCGGAUCUUUGUAGUCCGGAUCUUAAACCUCUACCUCAGUGCCCAAGACCCAAAAGUAUUAGCUUGUAUUUGGUGUGUAUUUUAUCAGCUUUAUCCGUCAUACUUGUCGGGUCACUUGUUUGGGUCUUGAUCAAGGCCAAAAAGUUGCUACCCAUUCGGAGUAAGCGUAAAAGUGCAUGGAGAAUUACUGCAUUUCAACGGGUUGGAUUCACGGAGGGAGACUUGUUAGCUUCACUGACAAAUGAGAAUCUCAUUGGAGCUGGUGGGUCUGGUCGGGUAUAUAGGGUCAAACUAAAAAACGGGCAGAUGGUCGCGGUUAAGAAGCUUUGGGAGGCUAAACGGGAGAGAGAAUCUGAGGAGGUUUUCAGGUCGGAGGUGGAGACUCUAGGGAGAGUCCGACAUGGAAACAUAGUAAAACUAUUGUACAGUGGCAUUGGUGACCACUUCAGGAUAUUGGUGUAUGAGUACAUGGAAAAUGGGAGCUUAGGAGAUGUAUUACAUGGGGAAAAAGGUGGCAUUCUUUUGGAUUGGCCAAGGAGAUUUGGCAUAGCAGUUGGAGCAGCUCAAGGAUUGGCCUAUUUGCACCAUGAUUCUGUUCCUGCAAUAGUGCACAGAGAUGUCAAGUCUAAUAACAUUUUGUUGGACGAGGAUUUUAGGCCAAAAGUUGCUGAUUUUGGGCUAGCUAAGGUAAUGCAGCAGGACAGUGAGGAGAGUGAUCAAGUCAUGUCCCAUAUUGCUGGUUCCUACGGCUACAUUGCACCUGAAUAUGCGUAUACUCUGAAGAUUAAUGAGAAGAGUGACGUUUAUAGCUUUGGUGUGGUACUGUUGGAACUAAUAACCGGUAAAAGGCCCAAUGACUCCUCUUUCGGUGAGAACAAGGACAUGGUCAAGUGGGUGUUAGAGGUUGCAAUAUCGUCUAAAAAAGAUGAAGGAAGUGGCCGUGUCACGGGCAGCAAUAGUAUUCUUGAUUUGAACCAGCUAGUCGACCAGAGAAUGAAUCCGUCUGCAAGCAAUUAUGCAGAGAUUAAAAAGGUUUUUGAUGUGGCUUUGCUUUGCACUUCUUCAUUGCCCAUUAACAGGCCGUCCAUGAGAAGAGUUGUUGAAUUGUUGAAGGAUAACAGUGUUGCUCGUUCUAAGUCAAUCCGAUAGCUUUUCACAGUUUAUACAUGUCCUUGCUUAAGUACUCUGAUACUAGUGUAGACUUGUAGUAGGAAGUGUGAAGUUAGGUGUUUGUUGCUUAAAGUCUGCUUGUUGGGGCUUUGUUAAAUGGAUUCUGGCAAGAUAUUUAGGUUAAUUGAGUUUGCUGCUCUGGUUUAACAAGUGCCCUGUAAGAUACUCCAGUAUACAUGGUAGCUUAACUAAAAGUUUGCUGACCUGUAAAGCUCAUGAGUAACGACCAAACAUUGAGUUCUCGUUGCAACAUAGUAUGAACUUUACAUUCAUAUACGAGUUUGUUCUGUGACCAAA